AUGGCCAGCGACGCGGAAUCUGACUCUCACGAGUAUGGCGUCCCAAAGGACAAACUCUCGCAAACGCCGGCACAGCAGCCUGCUGCCGGCGAGAGUUGGCGUCCAGGCAGAAGCCCGGCAAAUGUGGAAUUAAAUCUAGGUCUGCAAAUGCAUCAACGGCAGCGAGCACUUCGGAGUGCAGGGCAAGACGCAAGUGCUCCAAGGCCUGAGCCAGUUGGCCCUCAUAGCCCGGAGCAUCUGAGUCCCCCUUGGACGAGACCUACCAUCCCUGACGAAGGCGAGCCGUUGAGACGCACCCGGCGACCGAUUCCUUCUGAUUGGAAACCACCCCUGGCGGUUGGUGCAUCUCUCGGAGAAGGGCUGAGCCGCUUGGAACAGGCAGACAGACUCGUGGCCCAAUGGGAAGCAAUUCUCAGGAACGCCCGCGAGACGCAAACAUUUGCAGACUUGUCAUCAUUUGAACGACAGCUCGAAAAGGUCACGCGGGAACGCGAUGAGCUGGACGAGAGCGAAGAGAACCUGGUGCCUGUUGAGGAGCUCGAAUCGACGAAGAGAGAUCGAAUCGAAGGUCGCAUCAAAGUCCUGAAGGGGGCAUUGGAGCGAUGCGCCAGCCAAGCCGGCAAAGUCAACAUCCAAGCAGCCAUCGACGCUUACGAAGAUGGGCGCAUUCUAUGUUGGGACAAGUGGACGCUGGUCUACGCCGGCUCCGUUGUAGACUAUUGUCCCACCUACGAAUCAUUCACCGUAGAUAGGGACAAGAGGCUCGACCGCUACUUUCUAGACCAUGGCCUUGGUUGGCUCUGGUUCGAGGCGCCCCUGGCACCCGCGGGCAACACUCAGCCGGGGCACUUGCUUGCAGCAACGUGGGCACAGCCUUCGAGUAAGAAAGCCAAGUGCUGGAACGGCGCUUCCGACGGAUGGAACAUAACCAUGGGCUUCCGCCGCGUCAGGGCCUUUCACAGCCGUCUAAUUGAACCAGAAAGCGCUCAGCCAGAUCUGGGCCAAUUUGGAGGGAGCUUGGCCAAGAACAAAACAUCCCAGGGCAAGGUUCUUCCGGUUACGCCUACGCAUGCCGGCUUCUCCAAGAAGCAGAUGGAGGGUCUGCAACGCAGAGGACACGACGACCCCGACGGGCCACGAUGCUUUUUCUUGAUGCACCUCGAUAGUGGCGCUAGCGUCCCGUCACUCCACGAGACCGAUCUGACCAUGCUUGGGAUUGACCUGUGCGCGUACCCGCCCCAGACUGAAAUGUCGAUGGCCACGGCCAACGGAAUUAUUGAGAUGCCCAUGCUCGAGAUGCGCGUCGACGUGUGUCAGCACGACGGCACGCCGCUGGUUGGAGACAACCCGGUGUGGCCCCGUGAGCGACACGAGCUGGGGGGGAUCGUCCCCGUAACUGUGAUGCCCGGCUCCGACGUGCUAAUCGAGGGCGACAGCGGGGGACUGACGGCCAAGGUGCUUGAGAAGCGGCGGCAGCAGGGCGAAGAUGUGAGCCAAAAGGCGCUUGCGGGGAGAGGCAAGGCAUACGCCGAGAUGCGGUUGUCCGGGAUGCUGCCGUUCCAGGUGUGUUACUCGGCGUGUGCACCGGGGUUGACGCCGUGGUUUGGCGAGGACCGGAGGGACGUUCUCGGCGCGGACCGGAUGCCGGGGCAGCGCCGGAACGAAUGGCACAAAGGUAUUUUGAGCCAGGAAGCGCCGGUGGAGGUGGAGAUCACGGAGCGGCCCCGGCUCAUCGUGUUUGAGCACGAGCUAGGACACGCGAGGAGGCUGCGCGACGUUGACGUCUUGGGUCGGCCGGGGGCCAGUAUCACGACGCUGAUUGAUGGAUCGGAUAUCAAGUCGUUCUUGGUGGAGCCACGGCGGCUGCCAUAGAGAGUGGGCGGUAAUUCAGCUGGACACGGGUGCUUUCAGAGUUUGGAGAAAGCUUGGUUGUAGAUUGGGGUUGGUUGGACGACAGUGCGGGCGAGGAUGAUCCCUGGACAUGUAUGAUGAAACAACCAACUCAGAGUAAUGCCAUGUCGAUCGUUGUCGCAGCUAACAGUCGAUGUACGUGGCUAGGUUGCAAUUGCUGCACGGGAGAGGAUUCUGGCUCAGCCCCUCGAAUUGCGUAUGAUAUGAGACCGAAGAUUCCGGAUUAUGUGACCUUGCGAAUACAGAGUGGCUUUGAAUAAUGUGAAUGCAGACUUUUGUUGAUG